AUGUGCAACACCAAGUUCUUGGCGACUUUUGCCGGCCUCCUCGCAUCCGCCAGCGCAGGCCCCAGCGUGCAACUCGACAACGGCCUCACCGUACAGGGCCGCAUCGCUCCGGACGCCUCUAACGUCGCCGAGUUCCUGGGCAUCCCCUACGCCGCGCCGCCCCUCGACGACCUGCGUUGGGAGCCGCCCCAGCCCUACGUUGUCCCUCAGUCCAGCAGCCCCUUUGCGAACGGCACAGUCCUCAACGCUACGUCGCUGCCUCCGUCAUGCUGGCAGUACAUCUCUAUCCACCCGGCAAUCCAGCGUGUCGACGUCCCCGAGUUCAUGAUUGGCGAUGCCGGCAUGGACGAGGACUGUCUGACAGCCAGCGUCUGGGCUCCCGCUGACGCCGUUCCCGUCUCCGGCAGCGAGACCGAGGGCGGUCUCCCCGUGAUCAUCUGGUUCUACGGCGGAGGUUUCGAGACAGGCGGCACGGAUGUGCCGUACCAGAUGCCGCAGAAGUGGAUCCAACGCUCGCAAGAGCACAUCUUCGUCACGUUCAACUACCGCAUGAAGCUCUUCGGGUUCCCCAACUCCCCCGCAUUGGCGGAGCAGAACUUGGGCUUGUUGGAUCAGCGCUUUGCCGUCGAGUGGGUCCGCGACAACGUCGCCAAGUUCGGCGGCGACCCGGCGCGGAUGACGCUCUGGGGCCACUCGGCCGGCUCGAUCGCCGUAGACUACUACAGCUUCGCUUACGCCGAGGACCCUAUUGUCCGCGGCCUGGUCAUGGACUCUGGCACCGCGCACCUGAACCAGCUGAUGAACCCCGACGUGAUCCAGUCCAACUUCACCUUUGUGGCUCAGCAGCUUGGCUGCGGUAACCAGACGGACGCCAAGGCCGAACUUGCCUGCAUGCGCAAGGUUCCUGCUGAGAAGCUUGAGCGGUUUGUGGCUGACUACAAGGAUUCCGGUGUGACCCCCAGCAUCGGGUUCUCCCCUGUCAUUGACAACAAGGUUGUCUUUGCCAACUAUACCGAGAAGGCGGCCCUUGGCGAGUUCUCUGAUUUGCCUGCCAUCAUCGGCUUCAACCACGACGAGGGUCUUUUCCUCGCUCCCUACGACGUCAACGGCCCUGACCAAUCUGUCGCCGACAGCCUUUCCUACCAGUUUUUCUGGUGCCCUGCCACCAAGACGACCAACGAACGUCUGGCUGCUGGAAGAACCACCUACCGCUUCUUCUACAAUGCGGUCUUCAGCAACACUUCUCCCCGCCCUUGGAUGGGUGCCUACCACGGAAGUGAGCUCCCCAUGAUCUUCGGCACUCAUGCCGAUUUCCGCGGUAACUCGACUCCCUUCGAGUACGAGCUCAGUCACGCUAUGGAGGACGCCCUGGUUGCCUUUAUCAAGGACUCUACUGCUGGUCUCGACGCCGUCAACUGGCCUGUGUACACCGCCGAGAGCCGCGAGGUGCGUACCUACGGCGAGAACAACGUCACUAUUGGCCAGCGUACGUUGUCUUCUAUUGAGCAAGGUUGUGCCGAUUUGGGGCUUUUGUAG